UGUGUGUGUAUAAACUGCUCCUAUGCAAGUUCCAAUUCAAGCUAAAUUGGAAGAAGAAGAAUAAAUUGUUAAAGGUUGAAUGUGAAAAGAAGGAGUCAAAGGGAGAAAAAGAAAGAACGCAAACUGAAUGUCAGAAUAGGUAGUCAAAAUUCUAAGAAGAAAAGAAAAACCAAAGGGAAGAAAGAACAAAGAUCUUAGAAGAUUCUGUCCUUGAAUGGGCACGCUAAGGACUCUUCAUAAAGAGAUAAUAAUUGGUUCAUUGAAGGUGGCAUUCGAAGAGGUUGCUGUGCAUUUCACAGAGCAGGAGUGGGCCUUGCUAAAUGUCGGUGAAAAGGUCCUCUACAGGGAUGUCAUGAAGGAGAACUUUGAACAUGUGAUGUCACUGGGCAUCCUUCUUGCUCUGAAAGAAAGCAAAAUCGCGCCUUGUCUACUUUUGGUAACACCCUAUUCUAGCUCUGUGACUUUUCGACAGGUCUCAUUUGAAGAGGUGGCCAUGCAUUUCUCUGAGCAAGAGUGGGCCUUGCUGAAUGUGAACGAAAGAGCCCUCUACAAGGAUGUCAUGCAGGAAAACUAUAAGCAUAUAUUAUCCCUGGGUCAACUGCAAAGUUUAUUGAUAUCCCUCAGCAAUCCCUAAUAAAGUAUGCUGUUUGUAAAGCCAGCUAAAAUUGGUGUGUCCCGAUUACAGCUACCGUAGUCCUCGACUUACAACCAUUUGUUGAACAACCGUUCAAAGUUAAAAAUGGCACUGAAAAACGUAAGACCAAUUCUCACCCUUACGACCACUGCAGCAACCCCCGCAGUCAUGUGAUCAGACUUCGGGUGCUUGGGAACUAGCGUGCAUUUAUGAUGGUUUCAACAUCCCGGUAUCCUGGAAUUCUCAUUUGCGACCUUCCUAGAGAGCUUCUGACAAGCAAAAUCGAUGGGGGAAGCCAGAUGUCAAAGUUCCCGACUAAUGAACCCAACCAAUUCAGCACGCCGAGACUUUCAACUUUCUCAAAGAACUGUUUUAUUGAGUACAUCAUUUCAGCACGGAUAAAAAUAAAGCCAGCUCUAAAUAUU